AUGUGUAGAAUACUAGAGGAAGUGACAGGAGUGGAGAAUGAGCUUGUGCACUUAGAGAAUCACUUCUUAUCCCAUCAAAUGUUAGUCAAAGAUCUUAAAGAUCGCAUAUAUCCUAAGAUAUUGUCCAUAAACUCAACCCUUGAAGAAUCUAUAGAUUUUGUCGUACCAUCUCCGCCAAGCGAAUUAGAAGCUCUUAUCAAUGAUGUUUCAGAAAAACUGGAUAUUCUCAUGUCAGAAAACAAACUAGAUGAAGCCUUACAACUCCUAGAGUCUGCAUAUGAAGAUGAAUCCCUAACUAAUAGUGAUGAUGAGAUAAUCUUAUAUAACACUAUGAUUUCUGAGAAAAAGUCCAUGGUUAUAAAACAAUUGGUACAGAUAGUUGAGAACAAAAGAAUAGAAGGACCAGAACUAAAAAGUGCACUGGCUACACUUUGCAGGCUUGGUGAUACUCAACUUGCUAUUCAUCUAUUGCUUAAAUAUUACCAUCUGUGUAUUGUAACUGGAACAAAUAAUUUUCAGUGGGAAGAUUCAUCAAUGAAUGAGAUAUAUAUCAGAAAGCUUGCUAGGUUUGUGUUUUCUAAGAUCUCACAAGCGGCCAAGAGCUUUGUGAUGUUAUGUGGAGAAACUUCUGCUUAUGCCUCAGAACUUAUGUUGUGGUCAUAUGAAGAAACAAUGUCAUUUAUUACUUGUUUUGAGAAAUUUGUUAAAUCCACAUCAGAAGUAUGUGUUGGUUUGUCCUCUGCCAUAAAGGCUGCGAAGUUUGCAGUCAUGUAUUGUUCUUUGUUAGAAGAUCAGAAAUUAAUGCUGCUGCCAUACUUGGUAAAUCAACUCUUUCCUUGCAUUGAAGAGGUUUUGAAUACACACAUAAACCACUUUAAGAAAGUGAUUCCUAUAUUCUCAAUAAGUGAUUCUUGGAUUUUAGAGAAAUACCUUGUGUCUGGAGUGUUUGGCGGAGCUGGGUCUUCAACCGAACAACCUGAUUAUUGUCUGCUAACUUCUAGUGGCCGGAAGGUUCUGACACUAUUACAGGUGUGUUCAAUUACCAUACAUUAUUAA